CCGCCCCCAGCGCCCGCGCCUUGCUGGGCCUUGGCCUCUCCCUUGCGGUGCGGCUGUGUGUGCGGGCUCACAGGCCGUGCCUCCCUCCAUUCCCUCCCUUCAUCUCCCUUCUCCUGGCCUUCCUCAGGCAGAGCGCGCUCUGACUGUCCGAGCUCUGUCGGUUCCCCGGCCAUGCAGCGGCACGUCCCUGUGCACGCCUUGCCCGAGGCGAUUCAGAAGAUGUCUCGGGACCAGACGGUGUGCAAGUACUGUGGCAUCAGCUAUUUGAUACUGCAUGAGUUUAAGGUGAUGGAAGAAAAAAUAAAAGCAAUGGAAAAGGAGAUUAAGUUUUAUGAAGGAAGUCUAGAACGGGAAAAGGGACUUCAAGAAGAACUGCAGUCCCUUUACCAAGACCUUGAGCGCUGCCGAGCUGAUGGGAAAUCCAAAACAGAAAGGAUAACAAGCCUAACAAUGGAGUUAAAAACCAAACAAGAUGAACUGAAGAAUGUGAAAGAAGAUUUGCGGUAUUUCCAGGAAGAAAAGGAAGCUGCCCAUAAGCAAUCCCAGGUGCUCAGAAGUACACUGGAACACCAUUGCUCAACUCUGAGCAGGGCUGUCUCUCUGUUUCCUUUCAUCAGAAGAGAACUAGAAAGUAUUAAGGAAGUUGUGUCCAGUAACCUGGAGAGCUGGGCUGCCCUGAAAGAAGAAAUUUUUCAACAAAUAAGAACUGUUAGCAAAGAAGCUUUGACAGAAAUACCCAAACUGAAUCAAAAGUUAGCAAAAUCCCAGAGGGAGAAUGAGUGCCUUCAGGAAAAGGUAAAACAUCUGACUCUGGUGGCUGAUACGGUUGAGCUGAAGACUCAACAACUUCAAACUUCUCUUCAGCAAGGGAGUGAGCUACAAAGCAGAUGCCGUGAGCUACAAAAGGAAACAUUAGAUUUAACUAAUCAAGUCGAGACCACUGAGCACAAGCUGCAGAAGGUAACAGCUGAGAUGGAUCACUACAAAAAGCUGCUAAUGGUGAAAUCAGCAGAACUUGAUGUGUGUCAAAAUGAAAUGAAAAAAAUGAAACAUGAAAAUGGAAUUUCUGAGUCAAGACUUGCAAAAGAGCUCAAGGAAAAGGAAGAAUCUCUACUGAUUUGCCAACAAGUAUGCAAACGUUUGCAGGAGGAGGUGGCUGAGAAGGAGAGGAAAGAAGGAGAUCUGAGAAGAAGAACCAGUCAAUCCGAAAGUGAACUGGAAACACUUAAAGCUCUUCUCACACAAACAGAGGAAGAGGUGGUGAUGUUGAAGCAAGAAAGGGAGUUAAUGCUGAUUUCUCAUCAGAACAGAACAGAACAGCUGCAGGAAACAUUAAGGCAGAAGAUGCGGAAUGAAGAUAACUGGAGGGAGAAGGUGGAGAUGGAUCUGGCCAAAGGUGAAGCACGGCACAAAGAAGCAAUUCUCAAAGUCAGAGAAGAAGCCAGAGUGGAACUGGACUCUGAAAGACAAAAGCAGCAAGAACUAAUCACAAAAUACCAGAGAGAUCAGGAAGAGCUCCAGAAGAAGAUACCUGAAUUGAUAUCCAGUGCCACCAACAGCUUACGGAUGGAGGCAGAAAUUCUUGAAAAGAAGCUACAAGAUGUCCAGAUCGAACUUGCAGAGAAAGAUCAAGAGAAAGAAAAAGAAAUUCAGAGCCUUAAAAGGCUGGUCACUGAACUUGAAUUUCAGCUGAAGGUGGAACAGAACAAUAACGAAUCAUUACUGGGUAAUCUGAGGAAAGAAAUUAAACACAAGUCAGAUGAACUGGAAGAAUUAACCCAGGAGAGGACGCAGCUGAUUCACAGUUUGAGUCAAGUGCAAGAGGAGAACACUCUUCUCCAGGAAACGGUGCGCAGAGAGUGCGAGGAACGCUAUGAGCUGACUGCAGCUUUGACUCAAGCCAGGGAACAAGUGCUGCAACUCAGAAAGCUCAGUGGAAACUUGCCGUUAUCGCCGCGUUCCCUGCCUCGGGGCAGCCUAACCUCCUCCCCUGCUCUGCGUGCUGAUUACGGGCGCAGCGGCCGCCCCGGCCCAGGGGGGGCCGUCCAUCCCUCCGGGCAGGUCGGUAUUCCCCGAGCUGUGCAGGCACCCGCUGGCAGACCCAGCAGCGGGACUUUGCCAGCUCUCAGAGGCCGGGAGAGCGCGGCCAGGAGAAGGCAGCGGAGCCAACUGUGACACGUGGGGGAGCCCUGCGGUGUCAGCCGUGGGCCCUGGGCAUCAGGUGUUGAUGAUGAACUUGGUGCGAUUCUACAGCUGAGAAUGAAGUUACGUCCUGAGAUGUUUUUGAUGCAACAAUGUUUAUUUGUCCGUUGCGCAUCAGUGUAAUUAAAUGCUAUCUACGUUCCGAGAUGGGAAAAGAAUGAAAAAAUAAUUGCCUCUCAAAAAGGUGCACGUAUUCAAGAAGUGUAAUUAAAAUAAUUACCAACUUCAAAGGCUGUUCUCCCUUAAGCACUUUGUUGGAAUUUUCCCAUUUUGUAUGUUGUGUUGUCCCUUGUAACUUCAUUGUGUGUUUCUGGUGUAAAAAUGCAGUUUGUUUGGUUAGAACCAGAUUUAUGCCAUCGUUUCAUGGAGCAGCGUGCAGCCAUUGCUGGGCAGCCUCCCCCAGACACUGCAGCCAUCUUCCCAACAGUGCCAGCACGGACCUGAGCUACUCAGCUGGGGAGAAGUUGGAUGGGAGCACCCUGGGGAUUGUCAGAGCAGCAGGAUCGCUGAGGCUGCCUGCUCCUAGUUGGGUUUUAGGACUGGGCUCUUUCUGCAUUUGGAAACAUGGAGUUGCUGGUUUGCAGGAUGCUUGUAAGCACAAAUACAUUUGUACUUGCACCAUGAACCUUGACUAUAUCAUUUCCGAGUGGUGAGGUGGCCCUGUGUGUGCCAAAGUGACCACGUGUCAUGGUGCUGGAGUAAGAUAGAAUUGCUUUGCUGAAUCCAGUGGCAUAGCAGGGAAUACAUGUCACAUAAUAAAGUUAGUGGGAGAAGCAACCAUGGCAGAUUUGGCAUCCUGGGCUCGAUUUUGAGGUGCACUUUGUCUUACUCAGCUUCUGUUCCCACCGAACCUUUACUGACCCUUUCCAUUACUGAACCUUAACCUCAGUGGUAGCAGAGUGCAUCCAAAAGCUCAGAAAUCCCCUACUCUCAAAUUCAGAAAGCAGCAGGAAUUCAGUGGCAACAAUCAAUCGUAGGCACAGCGGAGAUACCUGGAAGCAAAGUCACAGGAGAAAUCCUGACUACUUUGAGCUUGAAAAGUGUUACUCUGUUACCCACCUGCAGCCUUCCUGUGCUGAAGGAGCAGACCUUGGUUGAGGCACUCUUGAAAUGGAGCGAGCCACAAAUCUUCCCAAGCUGCAGUUUUCCAUCUGGAACCUUGAAUUGCUGCUGAGUUAAGAACUCAGAACCGAAUGGAUGCGUUGAUGCAGGAGGUUCUGGGCAUGAAGCCUGUCUGAAGGCACGAGGAAGUGGCACCAGCUCAGGUCUGAGCACUCACUCCAAGCUGCAGCACAGCCUCAGUUCUGACAGAGAUUCGGAUUGGCAGCAGUGACAGUUUGGAAUCCAGGCGGCGCGCUGAGCAGGAGGCACAGCUGCAUGCAGCAGACUCAGAGCAUUUCACUUUCCAUUUCUUGCUGGCUGCAGGGUGUGGUGGGCUGUGUGCUGCUGCUCAGCAUUCGGAGGAGCUCACAACGGGAGCAUCAGUGCCUGACUGUGGUGGAUGCAAAGAAACCAUCUGCGAUCUGAGGCGUGUGGAAGGUCUGUAAUGCUGCAGACAACCUCUGAACAAAGUACAAAAGGAGACAGUGAAGCAUGUCGGUCACAGGAUGGGGCAGGGGUGCACUUUUAAGGGGUUUCUUCAGGUCGAUUGUGGAAGCAGCUUGCUCUCAGCACAGCUACAACCAUGGACAACUUGAGGGCCAGUGCCUUUUGCUGAAAUGGCAUGAGAGGGAGCUGGAGCUGUCUGUGCUUUAGAAUCACAGAAUCAUUAAGGUUGGAAAAGACCUCGGAGAUCCCCAGCCCACCAUGCACAGGGCCCACAUCCCUCCGUGCCAUAUCCUCACAGUUUGGACCCCCUGCUCCCUGAGCAGCUGUACCAGUGUCUGACCACUCAGAGAAGAAAUUUUUCCUGAUUUCCAACCUGAAGCUCCCUUGGCACAACAACUUGUAGCCGUUGCCUCUUGUCCCAUGUGGUUUUCUAGUUUUUUGGCUUACUGUAGUCUUUGUGCUGUUUGGUGACUUUGGGCAAUAUUCUUAGCAGCCGUUUCAAUCUGAGUGCCAUCAGGUGACUGGUACCUUCAGCAUAGAUUUCACAUGCAAAAUGAUAUUUCUCAAAGCCUCUCUGUGAAAGCCGGGGUGCCUGUCCUGUCCCUGGCAGACCUGUUGUGCAUCCUGCCAAACCUUGUGCACUGAAACUGUGGGCUGGCUCUCAGUUCCACAUUUCUGCAUACAGAUGGCUCAAUAUGCCCUUCUGCUUGAAGCUGUCUGAUGACACCUGGGCAGAUGAGAGCCAGAGGAGCAUGGAGCAUGCUGGCCCUUUUCCACCUGGGAGCAGUUAUGGUAAAUCUGGGAAACGUGGCUUUUUUAUGGCAAAGGUAAGAGUAGAACACGUGUUCAAAGCCAAGGUCCACACUUCCUGUCCCUUGCCCUAUCCCCUCCUGCUGCUUCCUGAGAUGCAGCUUUCCUAGCAGCUCACCCCACCCCCAUCAUUUCAGGGCCAAAGUGGAGGCUUUGGGCUGGAGGAAGCGCAGAGGCCCAAAUCCAAAAUUGGGUGGCCCUUCUCUCAGCAGCAUGGCGUUGUCCUGAGGGAUGGCUCAGUUUUGGUGGGUGUCGAGCACUUGUGGUCAGCAGCAGCCACAGCCAACUCUGCUGUAGUUUUCACUCACUGAAGGAGUAAACAGCAGAGAAAGUGUGGAAUAGUGUGGGGUGGUCCCGGCUGGGAGUCAUGGGGUGAUGACAUUUAGCAGAGGAAAGUUUCAGCACAGCGCAAAGGAAAAUGUCCUGAGGCUGUGCUGGCCCUCAGGGGGAUGGGAAGAGCCCCAUGGCCUGAGUCACCGGGGUGGGCAGGAAAGAGCCAUGGAAAAUGGGCAGUCAGGAGCAGCCCUGCUGGCAGCAGCCUGUGACCUACAUGGGAUUUUCCGACUCCCAGUUUAUGUGAAGUGGAAAGUGACUUAUUUUGCUUAACUUUGCUUUCCUCUAAUGAGUAGUACCUAGAGGGGAGGGAGGUGCAGAGCUUGGGGUAAGGAGCAGGAGCAGCACUUCCCCAUUGCUGCUGGUUCGGGCUGGGGGUCGCAUCUCUGUGCUGCCCACAUGUCCCUGCAGUGGCACUGCUUGCAUAUCCCUGAGAAACGAGACAACCCAGGUGGUGCAGGGGUGCCUCUCUUACCUCAAGAGUUGCUGCUUUUUCUCCAUAUCCAGGUCAGCUGAGAGGCACUGAGUCGGCAGCACGAUGUGGGGAUGGAGAUACCCCCAGAAGGGUGUUUGGAAAGUCCUGCAAAUCCACCAGAACUGCACGUGAUGAAGGGUAACUGUGCACAAAGUGCUGAGGAGGGCAGGCUGCCUCUCCUCACAGGAAUCCGAGACUGAUGCUGCUUUCUGAGCGCUGCCUGUUGUGAAUCACUGGCUUUGAUGGGAAUCCAUUUAGGCAUCCAUUUCUGCAGCUGUUUCCUGUGUAUGUGGAGCAUUGUGUGAGCUGUAGGAGUGUUUCAAGUUACCAGGACAGGGUGGUCACUUUAAUCAUCGUGAAGAUCUGAACAAAGAACCACAUGUGCAUUUUGGGAAGAGUACCUCAAAAAAGGAACACCAGCAACCCCCAGAAGUGUGCAGAAAGAGAUUCCUGCUAAAAAUAGCAGCAGCACCUCCUCGCAGGGUUACUGAGGCAGCUGCUGGAGCUCAGAGGAGACUGUAAUUCAUAUGCUAAAGCCACACAGGGAUGGCUGGGCUUUGUAAUUCCUGUGCUAUAAAGCGAAAGAAAGAAGCGAAAGUUACAUCUGAAGAGCCCACAGAAAUUCAAGAGGGUGAGGAUAUUCCACUCCUGCUGUGCUCCUCAUGGAAGGAAGCACCACUGUACCAGGGGAUGGCACUGAGGAUUCUGUUGGCACACACAGCACACCUAGCAGGUGCUGUGGAAUUACUUGCAACCCUUCCCUUGCUCCAUCACACUAGCAGCUGCUGCUGUUUCGUGUUGUCGCACCACGU